CCCUUUAUCCUCGGCUCUCCCCUUAUUAUUCGAGCCUAUCAAAAACCGCUUUUCAUAAAUCGCUUUGUGAAAAACGCGUUAUCGGAAAAAAUGAGUUACUUCAGCCAAGUUAGGAGGGCCGCCAGUGUUGUCGUGGUAACUGGCCACUCCGAUCAGGGGCAUAAGUGGAAAUCGCGGAUUAAGACUCUCCACCAGGGGAAGAAAAGGUUCUUUAGUUCCUCCGGUGACGGAGCCGAUUUCCGGCCGGUGGCCGUUGUUCUUGCCUCCGACAUGGAAGGAGCUUUUACGAGCGGAAAAGGAGAGGAGCGGAAGAAGCAGACAGAUGACUCUCUCCGGCAAGUUAUGUACCUGAACUGCUGGGGACAAGGGAGGAGUGAGGUUGAGUUCUCCGGCGAAGAGGUGCUGGAGGCGUUUGUUUUUAUCUCCGGUGAAGCGAUCGGGUAUUUUGAUGCUCUGCUUUAGACGGGAUUGACUUGCUGGAGAGUUGCCGCUGAGUACGGCGAGUCGAAUGCGCCGAGUUGACUAGGUGGUGAAGGAGAAGGAGGAGACCGAGUUGACUCGGAGUUGCAGAAAGAGGAAGAGACCGAGUUCAGAAGGCUAAUUAAGUUCUGGCCUUGACUGAAAUUAGUACAAAAUGAUGUGGAUGCAAAUGUAAAUAUAUUGUAAAGUUUGUAGCCGAGAUAGAGGAAUAAUAGAAGAAAAAAAAAAAAGAAGGAAGCUUUUAUGGCAGUUGGAUA